AUGCAGACUGCUUCUACAAACAUUGGUGAAAGACUGUGCAAUAAGUCCAUCCGUGACAUUUCCUGGCUACUAAAUAUUCCACGCUCAACUGUUAGUGGGAUUAUAACAAAGUGGAAGCAACUGGGAAAAGCAGCAGCUCAGCCACCAAGUGGUAGGCCACGUAAAAUGACAGAGCGGGGUCAGUGCAUGCUGAAGCGCACAGUGCGCAGAAGUCACCAACUGUCUGCAGAGUCAAUAGCCAAGAACCUACAAACUACGUUUGGACUGCAGAUUAGCACAACAACAGUGCGUAGAGAGCUUCAUGGAAUGGGUUUCCAUGGCCGAGCAGCUGCAUACAGCCUUAUAUCACCAAGUGCAAUGCAAAGUGUGGGAUGCCGUGGUGUAAAGCAUGCCACCACUGGACUCUAG